AUGCCUGAUUCAUACUAUUCAUAUUCAAAUGAUAAUGAUACACGUUCUAAUAGUAGUGGUAUAUCAUGUGAUUAUAUGACAAAUGAAACAAGGGCCAGGUGUUACGAUGAGUAUCACAUAUCUUACGCUGCGUCAUCUGCAUCAUCAACAACAAAGACAGGUGGAAACUCAUUUUCCUACAAUUUAUGGGAAAAUGAUCAUCCUCUCAUUCACAAAAAAGGACCGACUUCACAAGCACGUCCAUUUGAAAAUAUUGCUUUGUCCAGUAUCACAGAUGCUCAAACAUUAAGUGAAGACAAAACAGUCGCACAACCGAUUACAUCAAACGUGGCAGAUUUAAAGUUGGAACCAAAGUAG